CGUCACUCGCUUUGACAGUCUCGUCCAUUGGCAGCGGCUUCUUCAUCUUACCCAUCUCUUGAAACACAAAAGCUCUUUCGACCACACCAAGUGCGCACUGCUUCCCAGUCUACAACACAACCGUCUUAGCCAUUGCAACCAUGUAUGCACGUACCCUCUUCUUGUUGGCGUGUCUCGCCUUCUCGGCCUUUGCUGCACCAGUUCCAACUUCAGAGGUGGCUCAAAGAUUGGAGUCCAUCAUCAAGCGAGACAACCUUCCGAGCAAUGCUGCACCACUCGACAUACUCAAGCGAGGACCGGUCAUCGAGGUCGUUCCGGUCGAGGUCCGAGCGGACUCCCUGGAAGAUAAGAAUGAAGACAUAGCUCAGGAUGAAUUUGAUGAGGAGGAUGGGGUGACGGAACUGGAUGACAUCGAGAAGAGAGCUCGCACCCAAGGCGUUCACAGUGGAGAAAAACGGAAUCGUACUCAGGGAGGGCACAGCAGCGGCAAACGAGCUCGUACCCAGGGUAACCACAGCAGCGGGAAGCGAUCACGUACUCAGGGUGGACACAGCGGUGGCAAGCGAGAUCGUACCCAGGGUGGACACAGCGGUGGCAAGCGAGAUCGUACCCAGGGUGGACACAGCGGUGGCAAGCGAGAUCGUACCCAGGGUGGGCACAGCAGCAGCUAGAGAGACAACAUCAGUUGAGAAAGGUCGCCCCUAGCUUCUCAACUGUUGAUCAGUCGAGGCGGAGUUGACGCGACGCGGUUCUGGUGCACGAGGUGCAUGCUUCUUUCCUUAUAUCCAACCAGGAGGCGGUUGAUUUAAUCGUGGUUUUGGCGAAAAUGGCGAGAAGAUAGCUUCAGAUAUCCUCCAGCCCUGGUUAGGCUGUAAUUUCACUUUCAUCUCUUUC